AGAAAUAUAUCCGGUGAUAUCGCGUAUCGCUCUUACUCAUUCCCGAGAGUGUUCAUUAUAUGAAAAGUUUUGUAAUUCGCACACUUGUACGCAAAACUCAUGACUCCUAAGAGCAAGAUCAUGACUCGUAAGAGCACGCUCAGUCGUGCGGUCGAGAUUACGCUGCCCGUGUUCGGCAUCUGGCCAGGCGGAUUGUGCGUUAUAAUUUGUAGAGUGUUUUGGGUCGUCACAGUGGCAUUUAUCUUACUCUGUCAUUAUCGUUACUUUAUGUCACACCUAAAUGCCGAGAGUUUUUACGACUUGGUGGAUUGCAUGAGUAGCUUCUUAGCAUAUGUGAAAUCGAUCAUGAAGUUCAUCAUGUUCUGGAUAAAUCAGGGAAAACUGAUGGAAACUUUGACACUCAUGGCGGAUGAUUGGAGCGAUCACGCAAAUAAUACCGUCGCCAGUAUGCGCGUGAUGGGGCGCAAGGCGAAAACGUCCAAUCGCAUCACUAACACGAUACUCACCCUUCACAUUGCAACAAUUAUCGGGUAUUGCACAGGAUUGUUAAUUGCCGAUGUGGAUGUCACCGAUGAAACGAUCGAGGUUCCUUACAUCAACAAAUUAGAUUUCCCCUUCCCGAUUAACACGCAAUUAAUGUACAGAUUUGUGCUAAUCGCGGAGUACGUGCACAUGAUAAUAAUUAACUGGGGAGCUGGUCUCGCGAACGCUGUACUGCUGACUAUGGUCCUACACAUUACCGGCCAAAUAGACAUUCUGGUAUACUGGGUGUCGGAGUUCGCGUCUGAGAGUCUCGGGAGCGAACGAGAGUCGAUUGCCAAGUCUGCGAGAAAAAUCAUUCAAAAACAUCAGAGGAUCAUCUACUUUUCAGAAAACAUUGAAAUUCUGUACAAGUACAUGACAUUGUGCUUAUUCGCAUCGAAUCUCAUAUUAAUGUGCUUGCUGGGAUUUACGAUCAUAACCGCGAUUGGCAGCCCCAACGCAGCAGAGCAGAUAUUACGGUCUAUUUUGUUCUACACUAUAACAAAUCUCGAAGCGUUUCUGUUUUGUUUCGCCGGGGAAUACUUGAGCAAUAAGAGUACAUUGGUCGGCAUAGGAGCGUACAAUACUGCUUGGUACAAUUUACACCCCAAAGACGGCCGUGUUCUGUUGUUUCUUAUGUUGCGAUCGCAGAAGCAACUGACGCUCACAGUUGGGAAGAUGAUGGAUCUCUCCUUAGAAUCUUUCACAAAUAUCAUGAAGGCUUCUGGAUCGUACCUGUCUGUGCUGCUGGCGAUGCAAUAAAAGGUGAC